UGCCGGGAACUGGGGAGAGUGUUUCUGCAACUGAUCUUUGGUGUAGCACUGGACCCAACCUGAGCUUGACCUGAGCUUGACCCAGGGAGGUGGCGGCACUCACUCUGCCUCUACUGUCACCUAACAAGUGCACAGCCAGGGGAAUCCCCGCUCCACAGGAGCCAAGAGGAGUUCCUGGGAGCUCCCGGGUUCUGGAAUGAGGAAGCAAGGCUGUGGAGGGAGGUGACAGGUGGCACCAGGUCCUGAGGACAGGAGCAGGAAGAGAGGGGACUGGCUAGCUUGGACGCUGGGCAGCCAGGUGUGGCUGUGAUGGGCCCAGGCCUGGGAAGGGAAGGGAAGCACAAGAAGAGGUGGGUGUCUCACCCGCUGUGCACGGCCAGGGCUGGCCCUGGGGAGGCAGGGCAGGCCAGGUCACCCCAGGGACCACCUGAUGCCCCCCUUCAGUAUCCUGGCCAGGGGGUAGGCAGGGCCACCAGCAGCUCCGGGAUCUAUUUAAACAUUUUAUGGACUGUAGAUAACAUGCCUUGUGAUUCCCUGGUCAGGGUGCACAGCCCAGUGCUCCCAAUGCACGCAGACGGUGUCAAUGCGGCCUCUGCAGGACAUUUUCAUUACACUAAGGAAAACCAUCCCACACCCUCUAGCUACCACCUGGAGACCACCCACCAAUCACCACAGGGCUGGCCUCCGGGGGGGCCUGCCCAGAGCCCAGAGUCUGCACCAGGCUUGUUGCUCAGCUGUCGCGCUCUAGAAAACCUGGAUAUUUUUCGUAGACAAGUGCAGCAUAUUCCCACGCUUCUCUGGGCUCUGGUCCUGAUGUGGAGCAGGCCAUUUUGAUUUUGAGGAUGGAAAUCCAGUCGUGCAGACUGACAGUGGAGAUCCCGGGAGCUUGCUGGGGCUCCUUGCAGUAGGCAAGGGGCACUGCAGGGCUUGGGCCCACCGCCAAAUCCCCUUGGCACUGCUUACAUUUCCUGUGCUGCUGGAACCAAUCACUGCACAUUGGGUGGCUUCCAACUGCAGGAAUUGAUUGGCCAUAAUCCUGGAGGCCGGCAGGGUCAUGCUUCCCAAGAAGGCUCUCACAGGUUCCAUGUGGCAGAAGACACGGGCGCCCCUGGCCUGGGCAAGCACCCCUCCCACCUCUGAGCUCCACAGUCGCCUCUUCCUGGGUCUGUGUCUCUCCUCCUCUUCUUGGAAGGACACCGGUCUUUGGAUCAGGGUUGACCUCAACUCGGUUUCAUCUGCAAAGGCCUAUUCCCAAGCAAGGCCAUGCUCACAGCUACUGGGGGUUGGGGCUUUCACACGUCUACUGGGGGACACGGCCCCGCCUGGCUCACACACAUGCAUCACUCUUCCCCAGGGGAAGCCAGGACUGAGCUGCUCUCCAGCUUGGCCUGCGGCUGGGGGAGGCCUGGUGGAGAGGGGACCUCAACCCAGAAUGAAUGGGGGGUCUUGACAAAUGUCACAGAAAUGAAUUUAAGGACACAUCAGCUGGAGGCAUAGCAGAGAUGUGUUGGGAAAGCAGAGACACCUUGGAGAGAGAAGGUGGGCCAUCUACCGAGUAAGGGACACUCCGGGUUCCCAGGCUCUUCUCUUGAAGGAAACUUGGCGAGGUGGGCACCGGAAGGCAUAUGACAAUGACAUGAGUCUGGUGCUCCAGCUGGUUGGUUGAGGGUCCUCAGGGUGACGGUGUCUCCAUGGUCUGGCCAGUAAACAACAUCAGAAGGUACCCUGGAUUAUGGUUUUUAAAAUAAUGUCUCUCUCUUGCUUAACCUGAUUUAUUAAGUUGGCUAAUUAACACGGCACAAGGUCAUUUUCUUACAUAAGUGAACUUACAGUAACUGAGGUUGGGAGUGAAGAUUUAUAGAUUUCCCAUAAACCUGGGCGUGACGGCCCGAGGGACAACUGGCUUGGGGACUGAGGUGGAGGAGCCAGCCACAGCACGGCUUUCGGGUUCAGCUAUACCUCCUGACUUCCUUUUAUCUCUGUUCCUGCCACCUUCCUGUUCUUUUCUACUCUGCCCCACUUCCCACUGCCUCAUCCCUGGCCUCUUCCUGGGCCGGCCCCACCGCCUCCCUUCCAGCACUUUUCCUGUCUGCACAGGAAGGCUUGAGGGAGGUGUUAGCGGGAACUGGCCCCAGGCAGGCCUUUUGACACUGGUCAGGGCUGUGGCCUUCCAUCCUCCUUAGCUCCAGGGUUCAAAGCUCAGACUCACUCUGGAAGUCUGCUUCCGCCUACCCAGUGGCUGAGGAGGCCGUGGCAGGAUGCCCCUGUGAGUUCCUGGAGCAGAGUUUACCCUGGUGCCCGCUGGGGGAGAGUUCCGUGACUCAGUGGCACCUGACACUUUCUUUUUCUCUCCCUACUGUGUUAGUCUUUGGUGCCUGAACUUUGACUUUUGGAGCAGGUCACGUGGUUCAACAGAGCUGUCACAGUGUCAUCUGGCACUGUUUGGUUUCAGGCUCUUCCUGCCCAGCCCUAUCCCCUCGGCAGCCAGGGGCAGCACGCCUGGCCCAGGGCUUGGGGACCGUGGCUGCAGGGACAGACCCCAUCCCACCACCUGGAGGGCGUGCAGAAGCAGAUCCCAGCCCCUCGGUGAGUACCCGCUGCAGCCCAGGAUUCUGGGAUGGGCUGCUGGCUCUUCACAGAGGCAGGACUCCAACAUCCUUGUCCAUUUUCAGUCUGCAAGGGCUGGUGGCCUGAUUUCCAGGUGUGCUCAGGGUGCAGGCCUCUCCUUGAGCACUUGGCUACAGCUAGUCCAGCCUGUCAUUCCAAACAAGAGAAUCAAACAGUGGGAAUCAUGGACCUGAGAAAUGCUCUCCGCUGUGCCCAGAGAUGCACCAGGAUGGUCAGCACAGCACUGUGCUGGAGGACAGCUGGUGCGGUCCAGCCACAGGAGCAGCGCUCAGCCAGCUGUGUCCCCUGGCAUAUUGAAUCCAGGCUCAGCUUCAACAGGAACAGAGUGAACACAUUUCCAAAGUUCCAGGGCAGAGGCCUGGCUCUGGGGGUCCCAGUGGACUGAUCCGGGCUACGCACUCCAAGAUGCCAAACCAAGACCUGAGGGUGGCAGAGGCAGGGAAAGAGCUGAAGUCAGGGCAGGUUCACCGGGAGGCCUCGGCCCUGGCUUCAAGGGGCUCAAGGACAUUGAGGUUUUAUAGGAAGGGACAUGAAGGCCAGGGUUGGGUCUGCACAGGUGGGGGUCGCAGAGCUGGCAGACGGGGUGAUCUUGGUCAGGACUGUUCCAUCAUUAUUUCGGGAUCAGUCAUGCAGGGUUUUGUUGUGAUAACAAACUUACUGUCAUCCCAGCUGCUCGGGAAGCUGAGGCAGGAGGAUCACAAGAUCAAAGCCAGCCUCAGCAACUUAGUGAGACCCCGUGUAGAAAUAAAAGGAGUGGGGAUGUGGCUCAGUGGUAGAUCACCCAUGGGGUCAAUUCCUGGACCCCCUACCCCCACAAAAAAGAAAGUUGCUGUUGCCUGGGAAUAGCUUUGCCUCUUGUCAGAAGAUAUUCUGUGAGACUUGUUCCUGAAUCCAAAGUGACUGCAGAAGAGGGUGGCUUAAGAGAACUCAGAAGGGAAAAGACCAAGCCAGAGAGGCAGUCAGAGUCAAAUGGGCCUCCGUCAUAUGGAACUGCAGUUGUCAGCCUCCAGACUGGGUGCAGCCUGGCACGCGAGAGGCCCUGGGGACACCCCUAGUGCCACGCUCAUAGGCCAAGAAGAUAAACCUAAAAACAGGUGGAACGUACCAGUCCAUAUGUCUAAUACUAUUACACAAGUUGCUCCUGGAAUCAAGGCAAGGCAGGGCAAAGGAGCCAGAGGCAAACUGGGGCGGAGAUGCUGAGUUCCCUACCUUUGCAGGCCCCGGUGAGGAGUCUGUCUUUAGCAAAGGCAGGUUCCAAGUCCCUGUGACAUUUCCUUAAGCAGAAGUCUGAUGUGCCAAAUGUUGGUGUGGAAGCUGCACCGUGGGUUCGUGGGCACAUCACGGGCAGGACCUGUUUUAUAUGCUUGAGCCAGUCUGCAGUUUGGAAACGUCCUUAUGUUAUUUAGGUGGAUUAAUGGGCUGACCUGAGCCAGUGCAGCGGGACAGGCAGAGACCCCGGCAGGAACACAGCUGUGAACCCAGCUCACCCACAAAGCCAGGGCACCCAGGACGUGCUCCUGGGGGGGAGGGUCACGUGACCUCUGGGCCACAGGUUGAGGUCUGCGGGCCACAUGGACAGCCAGUCUUCAGGGGCUUGAGCAGGGACUGGUUGGAUGCACUUUGUGCAAACAGAGCUGGGGCUUGUGAGGCCAGUGGUGGAGCCGACUGGGCUCCUCCAGGAACCUGUCUCUCCCGCCAUUUGCUCUGAUUCUUCGCCUUUUGAAGCCCGUGCCCAGCCAGCUGCGAGGCGAGGGCCUCGGGGCUUCUUUCUCCGUCAGUUUCUGUGGUGCUCUCCUGCCAUCUGUAUCCCGGCCCUCGCAUCUGGAGCUGCUACAACAGGGCCCCUCGCUGGGCUGCUUAAAACAGACUCGUAUUCUCUGACAGUCCUGGAGGUCAAAACCUCAGGUCAAAGUGUCGGCAGGGCUCCUGGGAAGAGCCCUCCUGCCCUCUGGCUUCUGGAGCCACCCUUGCGCAGUCCUGGCUUGAGCCCUCUCUGUCUCCAUAGUCCCUUGGCCUUUUUAUGUUUUAUUUUUUGGUGGUGAGGAUUGAACCAGGGGUGCUCUACCACUGAGCUGUACCCCCGGCCCUUUUUAAUUUUUAUUUUGAGACAGGGUCUCCCUAUGUGGGCCUGGAACCUGCCCUCCUCUCUGAGCUGUUCUCUCCCACGACGUGGGCAGCGUCCUCCUGGAUCCCUGAAGCCAGUUCUUGGGUUCCAGCCCUCCUGUGCCCCUUCCAGGUGGUGGCAUCACCCAGCAUGGCGGAGCUGUGCCGCACAGACUCCACACUGACGUCCCUGGACGAGGAGACGCUGUGGGAGCUGAUGGAGAGCCACCGCUACAAGAUCGUGCGCAGCAUCUGCCCCAGCCGCCUCACCCCCUACCUGCGCCAGGCCAAGGUGCUGGGCCAGCUGGACGAGGAGGAGGUCCUGCACAGCUCCCGCUUCACCAACAGCGCCAUGAGAGUGGGGCACCUGCUGGACCUGCUGAAGACCCGCGGGAAGAAUGGCGCCAUCGCCUUCCUGGAGAGCUUGAAGUUCCACAACCCUGAUGUCUACACCCUGGUCACGGGGCUGCAGCCCGACGUGGAUGCCAGCAACUUCAGCGGCCUCAUGGAGACGUCCAAGCUGACCGAGUGUCUGGCGGGGGCCAUCGGCAGCCUGCAGGAGGAGCUGGCCCAGGAGAAGGCCCAGAGGGAGGCUGUGCUGCGGCAGUGCCAGAGGUUGCAGGAGCGCCUGGGCCUGGCCGAGGCCCGUGCCGAGGGCCUGUGCCAACUGGAGGCCGACCACAGCCGCAUGAAGCGGGAGCUCAGCGCCCACUUCCACGAGGUGCUGAAGCUGAAGGACGAGAUGCUGAGCCUCUCGCUACACUACAGCAACGCGCUGCAGGAGAAGGAGCUGGCCACCUCGCGGGGCCGCAGCCUGCAGGAGGAGCUGUACCUGGUGAAGCAGGAGCUGCAGCGGGUGCAGAUGGUGUCGUCCUGUGAGCGGGAAUUUCGAGAGAGGUCCCUGAAGAUGGCCGGUGACCUGGAGGAGGGCGGUGAGGAGCUGGCCCGCCUGAGGGAGGAGAAUGAGAAACUGCGCUCGCUGACCUUCAGCCUGGCAGAGAAGGACAUUCUGGAGCAGAACCUGGACGAGGCCCUGGAGAGCAAGCAGGAGCUGGUGGACCGCAUCCACUCGCUGCGGGAGCGGGCGGUGGCCGCGGAGAGGCAGCGGAAGGAGUACUGGGAGGAGAAAGAGCAGACCCUGCUCCAGUUCCGGAAGACACAGAUGGACUGUGAGCUGUACAGGGAGAAGAUGAACACGCUGCAGGGCCAGGUGGCCGAGCUGCAGAAGGAGCGUGACCAGGCGUACUCUGCAAGGGACAGAGCCCAGCUGGCGAUUUCUCAGAGCCUGACGGAGAAGGACUCCCUCCGCAGAAGAGUGUUCGAGCUGACCGCUGAGGUCUGCGAGCUGCGCACCCAGCUCUGCAAGCUACGGGCAGAGCCCACAGCAGGGGAAGCGGAGGCCCGGGAGGCCCCAGAGGCCAGGGAGGCCAGGGAGGCCAGGGAGCCCUGCCCUCGGGGGAAGCAGCGGCUGGUGCGGAUGCAUGCGGUAUGCCCAGGGGUGGACAGCAGCUGCAGCCUCCUCAGCUCCACCGAGUCCCAGCUCUGGUGGGACCUGAGCGCCAAGUCCAGCCGGGAACCCAUGGACAGCUUCCGCUCCAGCAGCCCUAUGCCUCCCAGCCAGCAGUCCCUGUAUAAGCGGGUGACAGAGGACUUCCGGGAAGACCCCGAGUCUUUAAGAAGCUUCCCGGGAAUCCUGGAGGUAGACCUAGGAGCCCCUCCGGGGGCCAAGGGGGACGACACAGACCUGGACUAUGAGAUCCUGGACAGGGCGGACCUCCCCCAGCCUGAGGGCAGCCCGCAGCUGUCCUCCAGGAGCCUGGACAGCCCUGAAAGCAGCGCCCCUGUGCGGCGGAGGCCAGCCCGCAAGAUCCUGAGCCAGGUGACGGUGCUGGCCUUCCAGGGACGUGCCCUGCUGGAGCAGAUCCGUGUCAUUGGCGGAAACCUCACGGGCAUCUUCAUUCACCGGGUCACUCCAGGCUCAGCGGCAGAUGGGAUGGCCUUGCGCCCGGGCACCCAGAUCAUGAUGGUGGAUCACGAGGCCACGGAGCCCUCAUUCAAGGCCACCCUGGAGAACACAACCCUGGAGCAGGCCUUGGGGCUCCUCCGGAGGGUGGACGGCUUCUGCUGCCUGUCUGUGAAGGUCAACACUGAGGGUUAUAAGAAGCUGGUCCAGGACCUGGAGGCCAAAGUGGUGACCUCAGGAGAUUCCUUCUACAUCCGGGUCAACCUGGCCAUGCAGGCCAAGGGGCCGGGGGAGCUGCAGGUGCACUGCAAUGAGGUCCUGCAUGUCACAGACACCGUGUUCCAGGGCCACGGCUGCUGGUGCGCCCACCGUGUGAACCCCUACACCAUGAGGGACGCGGAGCACGGGGCCAUCCCCAACUACCCACGGGCUCAGCAGCAGCUCAUCACCCUUAUCCAGGACGUGACCCAACAGCGGACGGUUGCCCGCAAAUCUUCCGGGGGCACUCAGAAGCUGGUGCGCAUCGUCAGCAUGGACAGAGCCAAGGAUGGUCCUCUGUGCUCAUCCUUGGGUGAGGGCCAGGACCCCAGCAGGGCAGAAGACUGCUCCAGCGCGUGCUUCUGGGCCGAGAGCUGCUUUACCCUGGCGCCGUACAGCCUGGUGCACCCCCACAGGCCCGCCCGGCCCCGGCCCGUGCUCCUGGUGCCCAGGGUGGUCGGGAAGAUCCUGAGCAGGAAGCUCUGCCUCCUCCAGGGGUUUGGGAAGUGCCCAGCAGAGUACUUGAGCCAGGAGGAAUAUGACACCUGGAGCCAGAGAGGGGACAUCAUCCAGGAGGGACAGGAAUCUCAUGGCCGCUGCUGGGUGACACGCCAAGCUGUAGAGUCCCUCAUGGAAGAGAACACUCACGCUCUCCUUGAUGUCCGACUGGACAGCGUCCGUAGCCUGCAUCAGAUGGACAUCUUCCCCAUCAUCAUCCAUGUCUCCAUCAAUGAGAAGAAUGCAAAGAAACUCAAGAAAGGCCUGCAGCGGCUGGGCACCUCGGAGGAGCAGCUCCUGGAGGCGGCCAGGCAGGAGGAGGCCGACCUGGACAAAGUGCCCUGCCUGUACAGCAGCCUGGCCCCUGAUGCCUGGAGUGACGUGGACGUCCUGCUGGGCUGUGUCCGCCUGGCCAUCACAGAUGAGCAGAAGAAGGUGGUGUGGACGGAAGAGAGCCCCUACUGACGCUGAGACAUCCUUCCCUGGGCUGUGAGGACCCCCAUGUCACUGCCAUCCUGUCCUUUGCCAGAGCCUCGGGGCACAGCCGGGACAGCUCAGCAUGCAGGCCCGGCUCCCCCUCUGGCUGGGGUCUCACUCUGCACCCUCACCACGGUGGGGCACAGAGUGGUCACCCAUACCCACUGUGACCCCUCCGCCCUUCACCAGGGCGUGGCAUGGGCUGAACCAGAGGCCCUGGGGACAUUUUUGCAGUGUGUACGUGGGCUCUCCAGAGCCAGGGGCCCCAGCCUCUUGGGACAACUGGAUAAACUCGCCAUCUGAUCACGGGCUGCCCUUCCUUUCACAUUUCAAGAUGUCAAAGGGAACCUCCCACAGCCCCUGGAGCAGCCGGCUGGGAGCCUCAGUGUCCCCAAGGUUACUGCCACCCCUGCCCAGGGCAGAGGCACAGACCCCGUGCCAUGUGGCCCUGGCUGACUUUUUCAGCUCCUGAGGCCUGGGAGCUGUGUCCGUCCCUCUGGGUCACAGACACCUGCAUGUGCACCUGUAAAUAAAGUUCCUAAACAGUAUUCUCA